AUGCUUCAGCCCCGACAACAACAGCAGCAGCAGCAGCAACAACGCUUCCCUCCAAUAGCCAAACCUCGGCGAUUAAAACUUCUGCAGGAUGUGACCCAACAACCCUAUGGAAUUGGCGUGGUUCGAUACAUUCCAAACGAUACCGAUAGAAGUUCGACGAAGGAUGAUCGUAGCCAUGAAACUGAGCGCAUCGAUCUGGAUCCCGGCAGUUUGACUAUCGAACGCUACGAACGUGAGCGCGCGAAACGACAAGCAGAGAAUACAAAAGAAGAACUUGAUCGAGUCUUAAAACGUGUUGAUAACACACUGUAUAAUUAUGACUAUGCAGUUCAAUCAACAUUAAUUCAACAUGGUAUGACACGCGAAGAAGUUAACAGUGUGGAACACGUUGCCGAUAUUCGUGAAUUAGAAUACUUACUAAAUGAUAGCUUGGCAAAACAACGGUAUAAACAACGCUUGAUGGUUUUUAUUGUUGGACAAACCGAACAUGCCAGUGAGAAAGCUAAACUACUUCAACAAGUUGGACAGUUUUUUGUCGAUCAAAAACAAAACUUCAAUGCAGCAGAAUUCAACGACUACGAUGAUACCGGUGAAACAGUCGACGAGAUCGAAACAACGCUGCAAUCAUUCGACGUGAAAGAUUGUUAUGGACAUGUGAAAUCUUUAGGUAGUCGAAUCAAUGAAUUAAACGAAGAGAUUAUUCAAUUUCUUAUACAAAAUACCGGCACUAAACAAACGAAAGUCAUGGUUGAAAGAGGAAAACGGAAAUUGGCACAAGUAACAAAAGAAGCCAAAGAACAGCUAGCAGAACUACAAUCAAAGUUAGAAAUCGCUAAUGCAGGAAUGAUGGCGAAAGAUGCAGCUAUUCAAGCACUUGGCAAAGAUAUUGAAACAGCGCGCGCCGAAGUUAAAACAACUGAAGAGAAUCAAAAAAAAAUACAAGAUGAACUUAAAAAACGCGAAACAGAAAUCAAAUUUUACAAACGAAGAACAAAUGAAUUAGAAGAUGUUGUUAGUCGAUAUCGAAAUCAAAUAGGAGAUGUAUCUGGAUAUGCAUCCGCAACAAGUCAAUCAGAGGCAGAUGACGCUGAUGAUGCAUCAAGAAUGAAUCUGGAAACGAUUGAUGAGACUGAAAGUCGAUACGAAAGGGAAAGUAUUUCGAGUCGAACAGGCAAAGAAACAGGUCAAGCAACAAAUGCUCCAGCAGCUACUACGGAUGGAACAGCUAAUAAUGCAGCAAAACCAACACCAGCAGCGCCCGCUCCCCCUCCACCACCAGCCGCGUCCAAAUCUACGAAGAAAUCUAAAACCCGAGAUAAACGGCGAUCAUCAUUUCGUUCGAAGAAAGAAGCUGCAAAUCAAAAUAAUGCUGAAGAUCCUGGUGAAAUCUAUCGCCGUAGUCAACAAUUGCUCGAAUCGUUAUUAGCUGACAAGAGUGAAAACGCUCCCGAUCUCAACACUUUAUUCAAACCAACACGAGGAGUCGAUCUGAAUAAUGUUACAAUUGAUAAUCUACCAACGGCAUUCACAAAUCUACGGAAAUUCGCCAUUGCUCGUGUGCGAGAAUUGUUAAAAGAUCUCGAAACUAAAGAAUCAGCAAACAAGGAGACAGUACAAGUUUUAAAACAAGAAUUUGUUGAGCAUAAAACAACAUAUGAGAAAGAACGUUUGCUGUACUUUCUUACUCUUAAUCCAGAUGAAAAUACUUUGCAAGAAGAACAAAAUGCAUUAGCGGAAAAGGCGGAUAAUGCGCAUAAGUUACAAAUGAAAGCACAGAAAACAGCGGAAGAAGCAUUGAAUCACUUGGAAUUAUUCAUGGUCGAACAGGAAAAAUUAGAUCAACAAGAUGUUGUUCGUCAAACUGAACUCGUACAUCGUCACUCGGUUGUAGUUAACAAUAUGACUGGUUCUAAUAUAGCUCCACCUGAACAUGUGGAGCCAGUCGAAGAACUGAUCAAUGAUCGUUUAUCGCCAAAUCCUAAGCGUUCUACACUGUCGCAAAAUUCAUGGAAAAAACUAACAGCUAUGAGUAACGCAUCGUCGAAGCAAGCUUCCAUGGAUGAACCAAAACCAACUAUGUUUGAAACUGCUCAAACUUUGAAACGAAUGUCAUCGACGACGCGAAAAACACCACCGUUACAAACAAAAUCUCAACGGUCGAAUUCUAUUGAACAACAACAGCAACAAAAGCCUGGGACACCGUUGCUACGUAAAACCACGCAAGAAUUAUUGCGUAAAAAGUCAUCUAUCGAGCAGCCUACUCCACAAAACAAUGAUCGAUCUCCUUCUUUGUCACGUCGCAUCAGCAUGGCCAUAAACGAUGAUGCGACUUCAGCAGCUAAAGUAGCUACGCCACAAGCAUAUGAGCGUACAUCGUCAAUGCAAUCGCGAUCAUUAACACGAUCCAAUUCGAUCAAUCCUGCUCAAAAAGAACAAGACAAGUCUUCGAGUGGAGAACGAUCGUAUCACGCAUCUGCCGCACAAUCGCGUCGCGUGUCCAUAGCUUUGAAUCGAUCGCCUGUCCGUGCUGAAGACUUGGAACGGGUUCUAACAACGCUUGUCAGCGAAGAAAUUGAAGCAUUAGAAAAUUACCGACGAACAUCUGUGAAAAGUCGUACUUCGCUACGAGAGAAAUAUAUGUCAUUAUUAGAAGAGAAAAAACACGAACUUGACGAUCUCAAACAACAAGCCGAUGUGACUCUAUCAAGACCAACAACAUCAACAAGAGAAAGAAAAGCAACAGAAUCAUUAGAACAUAGCUUUCACAAACAACAUUCAUCGUCUUCUCCAUUGAGUAGCAGUGGUGCUGGUCUGGCGAAUACUAUUAAAGACAAUUUUUCAACUUUAAAACAUGAUCAUCAACAACAAACUUCACUGGCAAAUUCCCGCCCUACAACAGGACGAAAGAAAUCGCCGGCUUCUCCCCGAAUGAUUCAAACUGAUCAGUACAAAAUUCCAUUCUUUCAUUUAUAUGAAACUAUCUAUAACUUCCGCCAUUCGAUCAUGAAUUUACUCGAACAAAACAAGUUUCUACCACUCGCUGACCGAGCUGAUCUGAUCAGACAAUUAUCUUCCACGGGCGAUCAAAACCCAGCUACGGACUUUGUCGAUAAUUCCGAACGUGCACUUCAAGAUACGGUGAAGAUCUUACAAACGUGUUUGACAACAUUGACAACAACCAUCGAUCAAAACGAGGAAAAACAUAGUCAACUCGCACGCAAAGAGGUUGAAACGAAAACUGAUGAAAAUCAAUCUUUGGCAAUUAUUCAACAAAAAGAAUCAAUCAUCAAUGAUCUAAGUCAGAAAUAUCAACAAGCAACCGAAGUUUUGACAGAAAAUCAAAGAAAAUUUCAAGAGGAUCUAGUAGAAAAUGAAAAGACGAUUGAUAAUCAACAGAAACUCAUUCAGAACUAUCAGCGGGAAUUGAUGCGUCUCCAAGGGCGUUUAUCGACGAUUGAAAAUGAAGAAAUUGCUCAGCCGCGUAUCGUGUUCACUCGUCUAGAUGCGGAAAGAAACGAACAAAUCCUGAAACAAACUGUCGACAACGGCAAAAUGUCCGAAUCAACGCUCGAUAAUAUCAAAGAUACAAUGCAAGAUUACGUCAGUUUACCGCGUCAACAGUUUAGUAACAUUGUCAAACGAUAUAUUCAACAUCGAAAAGCCAAUAAUUUGAAAAGUCGUGCUCAAAAUGAAACACUCGAUAACGAAACAAAGAACGGCAUGCAAAAGAUGAGCACUUAUUACGAACGACGUUCGGGGCAAAUCAGUGAACACAUCGCUAGUAUUCGUCAACAUCGAUCAACAUUGGCAAGAAAAUUAACCGACACAUUCGGACAUCUCGAACAUGAUAGUAACAUAUUUUUGAUUCGACCUGUAUAUUCCUCUCAAGGACGAAGUGGGGUUCAAGCGUUCAUGGAGAAUGAAAAUCCUCAAUUCAAAGAGCUGCAACCGAAGAGAAAAAGUUCCGAGACAAUUUCAAGAACUGAUCAUAGUUCCACCACGCCAACCGACAAAGAACAACAACUAUUUCAUACUGAUCAAAGUUUCACUACUGCAAACCGAACAUCAGCAGAUUUACAAUCUAAUCAGAUGACGGAAACCGCCGACGGAUAUAAACCAAUAACUGAACUAUCUCGCCUACAAGAAUUCGAUAUUCAACGUCCAAUAAUGUCUGUAUCUCAAAAUAGUGUCCCAUUGUUAACAACAAAUACCAAUGAUACAUCAGGCAGUUUACGUACGUAUGUGCCGCUGUCACGAUCAAGUAUUAGUGGAAGUAGAAAAUCAGUUGAUUUGAAAAAUCCUGUUUUAAGCACGGAAAUAUCAGCUCUAUCAGGAACUAAUCCUAUAACGUUGAACGAUGCAGCUGGUGGUGAUACUCGACAAGCAACUCCACCAUUACCACCAAUAAAAACGUCGUCAACUUCGAAUGUAUCACGAGCGUUCGAUGAAGACAAGAAGAAAUAG